CUGAGGACGGCAGUCGCUUUCGUCAUAUAAUUUCGAGAGGCGUCACGUGUCCCCGUGGUCGCUCACGUGACCCGGCGGCGCCGACCAAUAGGCUGGCUGAGUUUGUCCUGGGCAGAGCGAAAGGAAGAAGGUUGGAAAAAAAAAAUUUCCCCUCUGCGAUUUUUAAUCCUGCAACAGCGAAAGUGGUCGUCGGCAACUGUAUCCUGCCCUACACAAGAAGGUGACCGGUUGGCCGUCUCCACCAUCGUCCUCGGGUCAUCCUCUCUCACGUGACCACGCCCCUCUCCUUCACACCCAGUCCCAACAUGGAGCCCAUCAAGGUCCAAUCAGAAGGUGGACUGAACGUGACCCUCACCAUCAGACUGCUGAUGCACGGCAAGGAGGUGGGAAGCAUCAUAGGAAAGAAAGGGGAGACUGUCAAGAAAAUGCGUGAAGAUAGUGGUGCCCGCAUCAACAUCUCGGAGGGGAACUGCCCUGAGCGGAUAGUCACCAUCACCGGGCCCACAGAUGCCAUUUUCAAGGCUUUCGCCAUGAUCGCAUACAAGUUUGAGGAGGACAUCAUCAACUCCAUGAGCAACAGUCCAGCCACCAGUAAACCCCCGGUCACCCUGAGGCUCGUCGUCCCGGCCAGCCAGUGCGGCUCCCUCAUCGGGAAAGGAGGCUCAAAAAUCAAAGAAAUGAGAGAGUCGACGGGAGCGCAGGUCCAGGUAGCCGGCGACAUGCUGCCCAACUCCACGGAGAGAGCAGUGACCAUCUCCGGGGCCCCUGAAGCCAUCAUCCAGUGUGUGAAACAGAUCUGUGUGGUGAUGCUGGAGUCCCCACCGAAAGGUGCCACCAUCCCCUACCGCCCCAAGCCUGCCUCCACCCCUGUCAUUUUUUCAGGUGGCCAGGUAAGAGCAGACCCACUGGGGGCGUCCACAGCCAACCUCAGCCUCUUACUGCAGCACCAGCCACUGCCUGCUUAUACCAUUCAAGGACAGUACGCCAUCCCACAUCCUGACCAGUUGAGCAAGCUCCACCAGUUGGCUAUGCAGCAAACCCCCUUUACCCCCCUCGGACAGACCACCCCUGCCUUCCCCGCAGCAGGUCUGGAUGCCAGUAACCAGGCCAGUACUCAUGAACUCACCAUUCCCAAUGAUCUAAUAGGCUGCAUAAUCGGACGCCAGGGAACCAAAAUCAACGAGAUCCGUCAGAUGUCUGGGGCGCAGAUCAAAAUUGCUAACGCCAUGGAAGGGUCAUCGGAGCGCCAGAUUACCAUCACAGGGACCCCCGCCAACAUCAGCCUGGCCCAGUACCUCAUUAAUGCAAGGUUCAGAGACGUGGCAGCCAUGUGGAACGACCCAUCUUCCAUGACCACAUCCUGAGAUCCUUGACUGGCUCCUCCGUUUGGCCCUUUUCAAUGACUGACCACCGCAGACAACCCUGAUGAAGCCCUCCGGACUCUGGCUCUGGCUCUCCGAAAACCCUGACCUCCUCCCCGCCCUGGCUACAAAAUACUUCAGGGAGGGUCUGGCGCUCGCUUUUAUUUCAGAGAGCCAAAUUAAAUCAAAAGAUAAAAUUAUUCGGGAAAAAAGAAACUCUCUGUUGAUUAGAUUUUUUUUAGAGAACUGUUGAAGCAUGUUGAAUGUUUAUUAGGAACAACUUGUGUUAAUCUUUCUUCUUUUUCUCUCUGUCUGUUGCUUUCUCUCUGUCAGUGCUGCGUCAUAGGACAUCAUUUAAGAGUACUAGUAAAAGAUUGAAACAUUUUUUGUAGAACGUAGUUAUUUGUAUAUUACAGUACAGCUGCUCAGUGAUGCUAUCGGCAGAGUGUGUGGUGGGAUGUAGCUAAAUGAUCAAUUUUGAUAAAAUAUUUUGAAAAGGAAAAAAAAUUGGACUGUUCUGCUUUUAUCCUAAUUUGCAUGUUUGUCUAAUCUCUGCCCAUGCUGCAUCACAUGACCCUUUUAAGCCAAUGGUAUCACUCCUAGAGCCUCCCUUCUCAUGUUAGUUUCCUCUAUUUACAUUAUCGCUUAUAUUGCAUGUGUUCAGUGUUGUAUCGUUGAGUAUUUGAGUAGGCCUGUUCAGUGAACGUGUUCCUUCAAAAUGUUACUUAUAUAUCUUUGCGAUCCUUUUCUUUUCCAUAAACCUUUUCAGGAAUUUUGGCCAUUCACGUCUAGUCCUACCCCCUGCCCAGAGAAGAGAAACUUUCCGACGUAGCCUCCUUUUAUCAACACCGAUUAUUAGUAUAUAGAUGCAUGAAUGGGAAUUAGUGAAAAAAAUCAGUGGCUAAAAACGCUGACUGAAAAUUUAAAUGAUUGUUUACUAACUUAUUACUAUACUGUAUUUAUUUUGUACAAGGACUAAUGUGAUUUAGCACAUUAGUCGACUACGCGGCGCUCAUGCAAUAGACUAUUCAACACUUUACUCUGAACUGCCUCUGAUGUGGGAGGAUUAGUUGGACUUAAAAGCCAGGUGUUGCGUCCAAAGUUUUGACUUCGUUCCCUGGUAUCAGGAAAAUAGUUGCUCAGCUGCUUUCAAAGCUUUUCAGAGAAGGUUUGAAAACAGCAGAGAAGCCUGAACAUUUGGACGAAACGGAAUGGUAUUUUUGGGGCCAAGGAAUGUUCAGGGGUUCAUUGGGGGGAACCCGUAGGGCCUGGGCGGACGUGACCACUCAGUCUCUUUUCACGAUUGUUCAUCUCGUCAUGUUCUUUUCUUUGUCAUGCGGUUGAUUUGACGCUUUAGGUUUGAAUGUCUUUUUAUCGUCACUUCUAUGUCAGCAACUUAAUCGCUUUUAUUUUAUUUAAAAAAAAGGACAAGUUGGAUGAAAAUUCCUGCUUCGCUGGUUUUCCGCAGAGCUAGCAUGUAUUUAUCGAUGGUGUGGUGAUACAGAUAUGACUUUUUCAUCUCUGAUUAUGAAACUUAAGCUCAGUUAGUUUCGUUGUAUUUUAUCUAAUGUGAGAAGGAGGAGUGUGUGACAUUUGGUUAGCUUUGGUAACUCAACCAACCCUGGCGUCCUCGACUUGUGAGGACGCUUUACAGAUAUUGGACAGCUCGAGUCAUCUCCUUUCCGAGCUCCAGCUAAGCUCAGUUCACUGCUGAGGCGUACAAACAGCUGUUGAAUGUUAUCGUUGACUCACAUUAACUACAGUCCAACACACAAACAUUCUGCAUUCUCCAUUGUUUCCAUGCAUACAAGUUUUGUCAUAUAUUUUCAGUAGCCUAAGCUGUGCUUAAAAGAGAAGUUUGACAUUUUGGGAAAUAUGUUUACCGGCAUGCCUAGAAUAAACGAUUGAUAUUAAUUAUCUGUGUAUGUUAAAUGUGAUGUGACCGCUAGCGCUCACUUAGCUUAACUUGGCGUAAACACUGGAAACAACAGGGCAUUGCUAGCAAGCUAAAAUGCACCAGAAUAGUAAUUAAUUCAGGUAAAUGCAUACAUUAACUUUAUAAACAUAUUUUGUUAAUUAAAACGAAUUGGCAUAAAGUAAUAACCUAGGACGGCGAAAGCUUUGCUAGCAAAGGCUAAAAAAGUAAACUAGUAGAGCAGAAAUCUUUUCUUUCUACCGUAUCCGGUUGAUUUCAGACAGAAAAUGAAGAACUGCUGCGUCUCCAGAAUUCAGAUGUGGUAACAGCUGUAAAAGUAAAAGAUUAGUAAAAAGCAGAAUGAAACACAAUGCAGCAGCAUCAAUAUGCGGAGCAUCAAAUUACAUAUUUUAAUGAGAAGUAUCAUUUUUUAGGAGACAAACUACAUUCCAUUGAAAGUAAUUGUGCAGUUUUUGGACUUUAACUGUCGCCUGUGACUGAAGCAGCGGACUUUAUUAAGGCUACUUAAUAUGAGAAAACUGUUCCAUAUAAAAGUUAGGAUUAUACAAAUUAUCCCCUUGAGUUAUAUGUUAAAAUGUACAGCUAACUGACACCUGAAUACGUACCAACAAACUUGUCUUGGGCUUAAAAGACAAAAAAAUUAAACUGAUUCUGAUAAACCGUCUUAUCAAUGACACUACUAUUGGAGCACUAACCUCCGUUGCCAAACGUGCGCCGUUUAUUUUUAUAUUUGACUCGAUAACAUUACAAAUCAAACAAUUUAGUUUAUAAAAUCUGUAACAUUUCAGCGAACUGUAGAUUGAAGACAAAGACACCACCACCACCAAAGACCAAAAAGUAACACCAAUUACUUGGAAAAAAUGAAAAAAUAGCAUAGCACCACUGAUAGCUACCUAGCCAGCUUUCCAGUGUUUGUGCUGACUCAUGUUAGCACAAGUGGCGUCUAACUCUUGGAAAAAAUAUUUACCAAAAUGUCUCUUCCUGUAACUUUUAAGUGCUUUGCUGGCAUUAAUGUGAUUAUGUAAAUGGACCAAAUGCUGUUUUCAAUAUACUGAACGAUGCAUAGUCGGUAAUUAUUCUGCAAUAAUUCUUACAUUUUGAUGUGAACUCAAGUAGUUGAGCUAGCAGUGAAGUACGAUUUAUGUUUCUUUUCAUUUUCACUCGUCAUUGCUUGUACUUCAAUGGGAAUGUUUGUCACAUGAAAAAGGUGGAAUUGUGUGUUUUUUGGCAAACUAUUUGUGCAAGUGUACAAUAUAAAGCGUUGCUCAAGACAACAGCGAUCACCAAUGGUUUCUAGUACAGCAGAAGCGUGCAUCCGACACAUUAAAUGUCGUUGUUCAAUAAGAAAUUGAUUGCGAAGCAGAAAUAUUGAGUUGCAAGUAAUGGCAGUGUCAUUUCAAUAACAUCGAUAUCCAUGUGUUACUCAGUGUUUUAAAACUGUAUUUACAUUUGUGUAUAUGCCUGAGUAUGACUUUGAAACAAACUGCAAGUAAUGCAAUAAUAGGGUGCAAUGUGCAAUUAUUUAUUCAGUUAUUAACUUAUUAGCUUGCUAGAUACAGGAAAGCUGUGUAGAUCAUUGAUUUUUUUUUAUUUUAUUUAUCUACUUUCAUGUAACGGCAACAGCAGGAAAAAAAGAAGGAGCACACACCUUUUUGUUUUUCAGCUUUUGUUUUCAUGUAAUGCAGUUUGGGGGAAAAAAGUGAUAGAACUUUGUAACUAUUUUCAAUUUAUUUGCUAUGUGCAGAUCUAUAUUAGUUGUGAGUAAUUAUAUAGGUUUUAAUUUUAAAGUGUUGGUAAGUAUAAGAUCAAAUAAAGUUUCAUUUUUUUCUUUCUGUGA